GGGAUAGUUAUCACAGAUAUUACUGGAAGAUCACGGAAAAUUGAAAUGGACGGAUAUGUAUUUCACUUUCUUUAGGGAUUAAGAAGGUGUGAUGUCCUGCACCAUGGCAGAAGAAGACAAGGUUUCAGCAGUGGAAUGGAAAGAGAAAUAUAUGGCUCUGGAAGCUCUGCUUCUAAAGUUUCGUGGACAGAUGAGUGUGAUUCGGGAACUUACAACAGAAAAGAUGCAGCAGUUGGAAAAGCAAGUUUUGGAGGCAGAGCAGCGUGCCCUUAAGGCAAACCAACAGGUGCAGUGGAUGGAAGAGCAUCUAAAAGCUGUAGAUGUCAAGCCUCCUGACUCUGAACUGAAACUUUUCGAAAGCUGCCAAGACUUGCAGGUGACUCUACAGGAUAAAGAUGAGCUCAUAGCAUUACUGGAACAACAGCUGGAAGAGCAGAAGUACAGCCGAAUCCAAGAUUCCAAGGCUGUGGAGGAAAAAGCAGCAAAAAUCAAAGAGUGGGUGAUGAAGAAGCUGAAAGAGUUUGAAACAGAAAAUGCCUCCCUGAAAGAAACAAACCAGCAGCAAGAGUCUCAGAUACUGGAACUAAGAAACCAAAUUCAAGGUCUGGAACAGGCUCUUGGUCAUGGAGAGACAGGUCAGACUAAACCUGGACAGGCCCAACGGCUAAGCAGUCUGACUUUCGGGUGCUUCCAGAUCAGAGGAAAGAGCCCUCAGGUGCGGACAGGACCGAUGUCAGCUCAGAGCACCACGAACAGUGUGUGUACACCCUUCACACAAACCGAUGACAGGAGACCGUCAACUGAUGGUGGUACGAAACACAAUCCAGAAUUUGAGGCUGUGAGUUUAAGACUAAAGUCUAAGGAGGAACAGGAGGGUGAGAUUGCAGGAGAUAUUCUAUCUUCCAGCAUCUCCUCAGUCUUGUCCAGUGCUGAGGGUGAAGCAGAACUAAUCGAAGUCAGCCUUACCACCUCAGAAUUCACUGAAACCCUAGGAUCAGAUGCUGCAAAAGAGGAAGAAGGUUUUAAGUGCAAGGUGGAUGUUGAGGAUGUCUCCUCAGAUGAGCUUAAUAAGAGUUUUUGCUCAAAACGCCUCAAUUUUCCAUCCUCCUCCAGCGAUGCCAAUAUGACGAGCUCCAUCCUAAACCCAAAACGCCACAUACCGUCUCAGGAUACCAACGACACACCUGCCUCUCCCAAGCAGCCACGUCUGCGUACACCUGACCCCUUUAAUGAUAGUGUGGCCGUAGCAAAAAAACAUCUGAGCCAGCCUCCAGCAGUCAGUGACGCAGUCCACAACAGAGCACGCAAUGCUAUUAGCGUGCUACACGCAUUAGAGUCUCAAGACACCGAUCUAAAGCAGGAGAUGGAGACUAUGGAGGAUAUGAUGCCCUCUAAAGGUAUACCUGAAACCCCAGCAGAAGAGCCCAAGAACCCUGAUUCAUUUGCCUUGAUGUCUGGGAACAAGCCACCCACACCACCAUUGCACAGAUGUCCCUCCUGGGAGAGCAGAAUAUAUGCAGUGGCCAAAUCUGGAAUUCAACUUUCUGAAACUACAUGUUUAGAUGUAGCCAACAAAGACUCCUCCCAUCCAUCAUCAAAUCCUGCCUUCAUGCUCUACACAUCUCUCAUCUACAGGAACAUGACCAUCCCAGUCUACACCACAUCCAAAGGGAGGGUGACACUGCUGAGCAGCACUCAGUAUUCAGAAGAGUCGUCCAGCUCUGAGGAGGAGGACGGUUUAGAGGAGUUUGAUUUAACCUCUGGUGAGGAGGAAAGCAUUUUGUGCACCAACAGUUCCAACUCUGCUAAAGGCAAAGAGAGCCCCCCUUCCCUCUUUAGAGCUGUGUCUCUCUCCUCGAUGGCAUCUGAAAGUGACUACGCCAUCCCUCCUGAUGCCUACUCUACCGAUAACGAGUGCUCUGAGCCUGAGAACAAACUGCCAAAGACCUGCUGUUCUAGCAGUGAUAGUGGCAAAAAUGAACCAAUGGAGAAGUCUGGAUACCUGCUUAAGAUGGUGAAGACCUGGAAAAAGACCUGGAAAAGACACUGGUUUGUCCUAAAGGAUGGGGAAUUGAUGUACUACAAGUCACCUAGUGAUGUUAUUCAUAAACCUCAAGGCCAGAUAGAGCUCAAUGCUUCCAGCACUAUUGCACGCGGGGAUGGCAAACAAACACUUCAGGUGGUCACAAGAAAGCACAUGUACAAUCUAAAAGCAGACUCUCCUAACCUGCUUGAGGAAUGGCUGAGUGUCCUACAGUGUGUGCUGAAGAUUAAAGCAGCUAGCCCUCUCUUUACCCAGCCUGAUGUCCAGCCAGUCAUGAGUGGAUAUAUGACCAAGGUAAAUCAUGACUACUCAAAGCAUGUGUGGUGUGUGCUUAUUUGGAAGACGCUCUACAUCUUCAAAUGUCAGGAGGACAAGUUCCCACUGGGACAAAUCAGGCUGAAAGGGGCUCAGGUGGAAGAACAGACGUCCAUAAAUAUGGACAUUAAGAGUGAACAGUCUGCUGACACCAUCAUUAUCCAGGCCCUAAACCAGAGCUCUACUCACCUGCAGGUAGACUCCCAGCACAAGAAGGCAGCUUGGAUAUAUCACUUGUCUGUGGCUUCAGGCUCCAACAUGGGAAAAGUCGGAACUGAGUUUGAGAAACUGGUUGGCAAUUUGAAAAGAGUGGAUGGAGACCCAGGCUCCCAACUAUGGAGACAUUCUAUGCUGUGCUUCAGCAAGGAAGCCCUGACCACCUCUCUCACCACUCUACCCUCUCAGGCCUUACAGACUGAAGCCAUUAAACUUUUUAAGAUGUGCCAGCUCUUUAUUAAUGCAGCCAUUGACAUUCCAGCCAUAGACUACCAUGUGACACUGGCACAAUGUGCACUCCAAGUAUGUCUCACUCACAGUGAGCUACAGAGUGAGAUCUACUGCCAGCUAAUUAAACAGACAUGCAAGAGGCAACCUUAUGGCCAGUUAGGUCCAAUCCAGUGUUGGCAGCUUUUAGCAUUGUGUUUGGGACUUUUCCUGCCUCAGCCUCCCAUUCUAUGGCUUCUUCAAGUCCAUCUUAAAAAGCAUGCAGAUGCCAGGACAGAGGUUGGAAAGUAUGCCAUCUACUGCCAGCGCUGUGUGGAGAGGACCCAGCAGAAGGGUGAGCGCCAGGCUCGACCCUCACGCAUGGAGAUCCUGUCUAUCUUACUGAGGAACCCAUACCACCACUCACUGCCUUUCAGUGUGCCUGUACAUUUUCUCAAUAAUACCUAUCAGGUUGUUGGUUUUGAUGCUUCCACCACUGUCGAGGAGUUCCAGAAUCGUCUGAACCUUGACACAGGCAUUAGAAAGACUGGCCAGUCUGGCUUUAGUCUCUACUCAGAUGACCCCACUGGCCAAGACCUGGAACAUUUUCUUGAGGGCAGUCUGAAGAUUUGUGACAUUAUAUCGAAGUGGGAGCAGGCCUUUAAGGAGCUUCACAAAGGCAAAUCAGAGAAUACCAGGACUGUGAAACUCACCCACAAAAACAGAUUUUACUUCACUCAGCAGCUAAGAGGAGAGACAGAAAGAGAACGCCUGCUCUUUGCCUAUCAAAUUAAUGAGGAGAUUGCAGCAGGUCAUUUUCCUGUAAACAAAGAACUCGCUCUAGAGAUGUCUGCUCUGCUUGCUCAGGUGGAGUUUGGAGAUGUGUCCAAUUCUGCAGGCUUAGUUUCUGGACAGGCAAAAUCCAUGCAGAUUGUGAAGCAGGUUCUGGAGCGCUUCUAUCCAAAGCACUACAGACGAGCCUGCUCAGAGAAGCAGCUGAGGCAGUUAAGUGAAAAGCUCUUGACUCGCUGGGCGUCGUUGAAGAGGCGUAGUGUCUCUGAAUGUGUGCGCAUCUACCUAACUGUAGCCCGCAAGUGGCCGUUUUUUGGAGCCAAGCUGUUUGAAGCUGAGCCCCGAUCACCAUCUACAAUGCAGAGGACGCGUGUUUGGAUAGCAGUACACGAGGACGGUCUAACUGUGCUAGAGUUUACCUCCAUAAAACUGCUGGUGUCCUUCUCCUAUAAAAACAUUGUAACAUUUGGAGGCUGUCAUCAGGACUUUAUGCUGGUUGUGUCUCAGAGCUCUGGAGGCAACACAGAGAGGAAAAAGCCAACUGAAAAGCAUGUGUUUGCCAUGAAUCCUUUUAAGAGUCGGGAGCUGACGCACCUUAUGGCUAACUACAUCAGCAAUUCGCAUCAGCAGAAAUCAGCAGUGCACCAUCUCUCUGCUCCGGCCCUACUGCUACCUCAGUCCCAGUGUGAAGAACAACGUAGUAAAUCUCCUUCUUCACCAGGUGGCAGAUCUGGCAAAGCCCUCAUGCCCCUCUGAUGCACUGUUGGUACAUUCUAUGAAGUCGGUGCCUGUUUAUAGUGUUUCACAGCACAUUCAAAAAACAUGACCGGACAUACUGUGUCAUGAACUACAAUUCCCAUGAUUCUCAGGACACAUCUCCUCCCACAGUUGCAUGAUCACUAUGCUCCACAUUUCCUUUCAUCUAAUUACAGGCACUACUCUAUAGUUUUUCCACCACUCAGGACCCAGCAUUUAUCACCCUGCCAUUCCUAGUUUAUUCCUAAGUACUUUCCUGUAAAUACAUAUUUAUAAUUUAAUCAUUUUUGUAGUUGGGAUUGGGGCUUGGAUUAUAUCCAUUGAUUCUAAGUAGUAUUAGUAUUAGCAUUGGUGUAGCCUUAGUGUAGCAUUAGCAUUAGUACCAUUAGCUUAGCAUUACCAUUUGGGUUAUUGUUAUAAUUACUGUUUGGAUUUAUGGUGUAUCCGUAGUUCUAUCAUUUUGAUGUUGGCUUUUCUAGGAAAGAGUAUAUUAUAUACUAUGUAAUACUGUAAAUAAAUACUUU